UUAAAGGUAGACGUCUGGCCAUCCAUCGCGGUCCGGGGACGAUGCGAUUUCCGAUCGCGUCUUUCUUUGUCGGCCCCAACUGGCUGACGGGGGUGUUCGUCGACGCCACAUGGGCUCGAUGUCAGCUCCAACUGCAGCGCACGGCGGCACAACACCGCUAGCUGCACUAACAUCCGUAUUUACGCCUCCCUGUCCCACUUCCUGGCUCCUGACGACCACCAGGUCGUUCUCCCAGUACCCGCCUUUUCCGACAACGGGCCCAGCGUCCUGCGACCCACCCUCGUGGAGGACCAACAUCGCCAGAGCCGGCUUUCAUUACUACUCCCCUGCCAUCUGCCCGCGAGGAUUCGUUGUCGGCCCAAACUGCAGCAUCACCAAAACCCGGACAGACGAGGGCUUCCCCGCUAUCGCGCCUGGAGAGACGGCCGUGUAUUGCGUGCCCAGCGGAUUGACCUGCACAACCGACCUGACUGACUUUCGCGGCGGUGUAUGGGGCUUCGCGAGUGGUGGAACAACGCCUGGCGCUCUUUCAACGGUCGGACCAGCAAUUCAGAUUCGAUGGGUGGAGGCAGACCUGACCAAGUUUGAAACCCAUCCCCUCACACCAGGCCUCGAACUCCCUAGGACAAGUUCCAAAAAGACACGGACCCCCGGUAUGGGGUCGACUACCACCACUGGUCCCGCCACAGGAACAACCGGGGAACAGGAGAACCGGCCGGCGCCGGACGGCGGGGAAACCCAAACGUCGACGGAGUUAACCACAAUUACCAGGGACUCGGCCGGGUCUGGCCUCACGCAUAUUUUUGACGCGCCAGAGCCGACACGGAGCCUUGCUCCAGCGAAUACCGGCGGGAACGAUUCAAGCGGAGGACUCGGGUCACUGGACCGGACCACCAGCAUUGUCGUCAUCGUCGUGGUAACAGUUGUCGCCGGUAUUAGCCUCUGGGUGGCCGCGUUCCUUCUAGUUCGGCGGUAUAAAAAAAGAGCCGCAAAUCGGAAAGGGUCGUCGCCUUCGACAACAUAUGGGGACGACACUAGCCUGGAACAGGGGCGGAGUCGGCACACGCGAGGCGACUCGGGCGUGUCGCGGUCAAUAAUCAGUCCGGCGUCGGAGCUGUAUGCCGGGCCUCCGGCGAUUGGCAGCACUCCGAACCCCGCCGAGCUCGAAGGCGACGUUAUGGUCCCGCUGCCCGCCAAAACAUGGGUGCACCAAAGGUUGUGGCACAAAGGCUCAUCGUUGCAGCCGCCAAUGACCUCGCCGCGAUCGAUGAUGUCGAGGUCAACGCGUCGGACUGUGCGGGAGUCGUUUGGCGAGAAGGUCAACGAUCCAGCGGCAGCAUUGGGAAGGCUAAAAAUACCAAACUCGCGAUCGAUGGGACGGCCCUCGCCGGGCUCAUCCAGCCCGGGAGGACGCAGCUUCUGGAGGAUGCAGAGGAGUCCGAGGAGUCCAUUGCCGCCGGCGAGACUGAGCGCGCAAUUGCCCAAGCCGUCGCCAAGGUCUAGGCUGAGUGGUAACGUGAACGUGUCGAGGGCGAGUACGCCGGGGCGAUGGAAGCCCGGGUGGCAAGGCGAUGGUGUCGUCGGAACCCAGCGUGAUGCUGCGCAAUCACACGGCGAGCAUCGUCGAGCUGAUGAUGGGUUGGAAGAGGCGAUGACGAUCACGAUACCAGUCUUGGCUCCAACCCGAUAAGCCGGAUAAGCGUGCCCCACCCCUGCCGACGACAUCACCGAACCAGCAGAAGAGGGAGAGAUCAUGCACGAUGAGAUCGAGAAUCGUUAGGCGGAUGGAUUCUGGUUUUAUUAUUUUAACUUCUCUACCGCGCUCUUUGCCCCUCCCCCAAAAUCAUUUUAUUCCACACCUUCCUUCAUCCUCUAUCGCGAGGGGAUACAAACACCACAACCACCACCAGCGGGGCCUCUCUUACAAGGCGCCAAACCCACUAAAACACCAUCCAACCAUCACCAACCCCUGGUUUGUUCCACCAAAAAGGACACCAACCAACAAAAUGUCCAACUCCACCAACGAACCCACUAACCGCGCCACCAAACCCCGAACCGCGCCAGGCGAUGCCAUCGCAG